AUGAUUGUGUCUGCCUUUUGUUUAGGCGUGGACACACAUGUCCAUCGUAUCUCUAACAGGCUGGGCUGGCUCAGGAAGCCCACCAAGAACCCAGAGGCAACACGCAAGGCCCUGGAGGAGUGGUUGCCCAGGGAGCUGUGGAGUGAGAUUAACUGGCUGCUGGUGGGUUUUGGGCAGCAGGUCUGUCUUCCCAUCAACCCCCUCUGCUCCGUGUGUCUGAACCAGCACAGCUGUCCAUCUGCCCACAAGAACUCUCCCACAAAGAGGCCUAAAGCUGGAUCGCCACACUCUGCGAGUCCAAAGUCGCCCUUCAAAACUAAAACUGAACCUGAACUGGAAUGUGCUUUUAAAGAUGAGAGAACAAAGACAGAGCCACUGUCUUCUCCUGUUUCCUCGACCACACAGAGAAGGAGGCUUAAAGCGAAACUGAACCACUGAUUCAUUGCAUAAGUUUUAUAUUCUGUGACCAAACACUGAAAACAUCAGCAUAAGCUAAACAUUGUGAAUACAGUUUAUUUACCGUUUACAUUAAAUUCAAUAUUUUUUGUACUGUUUUUACCAAAUAAAAAAAGUCA